AUGUACACCCGAAAUAAACACUGGAAGCCGCCUUUAACGUCUAACUUCUUCAAAGUCGUCCUUGCAAAAUCCGUCGCACUCAGUGAACUCGACGACGCCAAUCAAAAGAUUGCAAGAUUCGUGAAAAGGGCAAAAGAGUGUGGGUUUCAGGGAAUUAUUGAAGAGGAUCUACCCGGACUGGUGGAAGUGACGGAUUAUGAAUCUUUCAACUUGUUUGUGAAGAAGGAGAAGAAGGCAGAUCCGCAUUUGGCAGAAAUGCUCAAGUUUAUUCCGGAUCUCAAGUGGAGUUUGGAUGAGAGCAUGACCACAAUAGGCUACGUCUACCACCAGGUGUCGGAGCUGCAUGUCCUCUACUCCUACUCAAACAUUUUAUCGAUACCCAACUGGAUGAGUAUAUGGGAGAGGAGUUUUCGGCAAGAGCAAAGGUCAGCGACGACUUCGGUGAUGCUUCUCGCACUGACGAACACGCAAGUCACAGACCGGCCGAUGGGCGGUAUAUUGAUAUUGAAGCUGAGUCGUUUGGUGGUGGAGGAUCUGCUGGUGCAGUUGCGCGACAAGAGUGAAGAUGACCCUUCUCUGCAAGAACAGCUAGACAAGUUUGAGCUGGCACUGAAGAAGUCCAUCCUUGAAAGCGUGCGACAAGUUCUCAUUCGCAUGGCGCUUUUAAUUGAAUCAAAUUGGCUAUGUUCUGAAGAGGUGCUGCAGGCGCAGUUCCCAGAUGUGCUUGUUACGGCGUACCGCGCGAGAGGUAGCGGAGGCCCCACGGCGGUGGUAGAGAGGGGAGAAUUUGGAAGUGAAAUUUCCGAAGGAGUGGUCACAGUCCUUAAUCAGAACCUGAACGCAAAUGAAAUGUACGUGCAGCUUAGUGUCGCGGAUCCAAUCACGGCACAGAAGUCCGACACUACUUUCAUCUCCGCGUUGAAAGCUGCCAGUAUGUUCAAGCAAAGACUGGAGGAUGACCCUUCUUUGCCGGGUGUGGGUUUGGCAGAAGUAGUGUACUCGACAUUUAAUGACCUACAGUAUGCAGAGAUAGCGGUUGGGGGGAAUUCAAGAUACGACCCCGACCUCCAUCUGCUGCUCCAAGUGCCUUCAGAGCACUUUAAAGACGCCGCUUCGUUCCACGAAUUGUUUAUGGGAGCUAUCCUUGUCCAACCGCUUACGUAUGCGACUCCCCGUCACGUGCGCAUGGAUAGGGUUCGGGUGAUGGGCUAUGCUAUGAAGGUUGGGUCGGCAAAGCCGAUUCGCAUGGGCAUGUUCGGUAGUGGCUUAUCCUACAACGAGCAAGCACUGAUUGAUCAGCUGAUUCAGCGGCAUGGAUUCCUUGUCCACGUUCUUGUUCUUGGCCUCCGGAACGAUAUCGGAAGGAGGGAGUCAGAGGCUACAGCAGAGGAAAUAUACAAGCGGUUCAAGAGCAGAACCCGAGGCACCUUCAACGUCGUCUUUCUUGAGCCAGUUAAACCCCCGGAAGUUUCCGUAGCAGGAGACUAUAUUCAGCGAGAGGAGGGGUAUCCUGGCUGGGUAAUAGGUGUUGCGGUUGGCGCGUCGAAGCAAGAAAUGGUCAGUGGACCCCCUGGGGACUUCAGCAGAUCUUCAUCAUUCCGCCCUUCGGUUGAGACAGGCGACAGUCCCUAUUUCGAAUCCGACGAGAUAAAGCCGACCAAACGCAUGGGGGCACCUGUGAGGGGGGCCCCAACAGAUGUGAACAUCGGAUGGGAUACGGGGAACCUCUCCACGCUUGAGUUAGCGCGUUCAAAACGCAUGGAAUCGAAGCGACAAGGGAAACCGCAAGCGGCACAUCUAAACUCCAUCCCAGAGUUCAUUGCUGAGGCCAAAAUGCCAAAUGGAUGGGCAGCUCAGAGUUCUGGCAAGCCGCCACACGAUCGCUAA